AUGGCUGGAAAAUGGGCCUGUGAUGGGUGCCACAAAAGAAAGAUCCAAUGUGACCGGACGUCACCAAGGACUCCCUGUGACUGGUGCGAGCAUCAUAACCUUCUAUGCACCUUCUCCAGGGCUAGGAGAGGAAAGACACGGAUGCUUGCCAGCCGUAAUGUCCAAUCUCGAACUGCUCCGAUACCUACUGCCACCCUUCCUAGCAACGGUCCCCCAGCCCUUGUACCCAACGAGCAGCUAAAUAGUCUCGACGCCACCAUAUUUCCCAUUAUCCAACAAGACACUACAUGGCAGGGCAACGUGCCUUAUCGAGACAUUCUCACAACGAGCCACGAGCAACCGCCCAUCAGUUCUGAGCAUGCCUUGCCACGUCCCAAAACCCGCGCACCCCGGACAGUCAUCAAACCUUUUGGGCAGCUCUAUUAUGGCGGUUGCCAUCUUGGACAAAUAAGUCUUGACAAAGGCAUACCGCAGUUCUCCGAGGAAGGCCGUAGGUGGAUCUUUUCCAAGGCUGGUGACAACUUCAAGACAGAAACACUCCACCGACCAUCAGCUCUCCAUAGCCCCGUUGCACUGUCCCAGGGGUUUUCGGGGGCUUCCCUACUUCCGUCUCGACACACAACCCACCAAGUCAUUGCCACAUACCUGAAUUCUACAUUCAAGUUUGCCUUUCCCUUCCUCGAUGGCACACUAUUCAGUGAGACCAUUGUUCUGGCCUAUGAGGGUCUGAACGUUACAGCAACACUCGAACAUCUCAGUGCCAGGUGCUGUUUUCUGGCCUUUCUUUCCAUUAUUGAUUGUUUUAGAGGACCGAAUGACUUUCCGGAUAUUGACCCUGAGGCAUGCUCAAUGGAAGCGCAGCAUCUACUCACAGAGGUACUGCUAGAUACGAACCUGAUGGGCAUACAAACUGUGCUGAUGCUGCAACUGCACGAAGCCCACCUGGGCCGACUACCGACCGCUGCUAUCCUCAAUGGGGUUGCCUGCAAAAUGGUCAUAACACUUGGGGGUAACGUUGAUGUUCCCAGCCUGCCUGAACAUGGCGAAGCUUCCCGAGAAGAUCGUGAGAGAUGCCAUCUCCGAGCACUCUUCUGGAUUUGUUACCUCUUUGACAAAGAGAUUGCCCUAAGAAGUGGCCAGCCACCAUUUCUGACGGACUCAUACUGCGAUCUUACACCACCAGACAGAGGCAUGACUCAUUUCUUUGCCGAUGGCACAGGCGAGGGUCUCUUCCCAUAUCUCUUUGGAGACAUAGGCUUGAGUCUCCUCAAGGGAAAGGCAAACCACCAGCUUUACUCGGUCCACGCAAGCCGGAAACCAGAUGCCGAACUCCUACGCGACAUCCGCGAGCUUGAUGAACAACUCGAGGAAUGGCGAUCUUCUAUGCCAUCGCAUAUUCGUCCCUCACUUUCCAUGUCUCGAUCAUCACUCCCGUCACUCCAAGACACCGAUAUGUCGCAUAGAAUGCAUACGAUACUUGUCCACCUGGAGUACUUCUACCUACUCAUCACCAUUCAUCAUGCUAGUGGACGAUGCACCACGAUGAGCCCCAUGCAGGUGGAUACGGAAGGAUCUAGUGCUGCUGCUCUCGACUCUAGUCUUGCUCUCUGCCUGGAAGCAAGCCGUUCUACUAUUGUUUAUCUGAAAGCCACAAUUUCCUGCUUGGCGACUGAAACCUUCUGGAUCGUCCAAUUCUACCCCACAGUUGCGAUCAUCACGCUAUUCCUCAACAUUCUUAUGAACCCCCUCGAUAGCCAAGCUCAGAAAGACUUGGAACUUCUGGCUUCAGCUGCAGACAUCUUUCGUCUGAUGCCGGCGCGCCAAUACACGCCUCAACGACUUGACCAAGUUCAGAUACUCGAGAGUUUUGUGAUUGAACUCGCUCGACUGGGGCGUUGCGCUGUAUAUAAAAAGGAAGCAGAGAUUGGAGCAAGAUGA